UUCCCUUUGUUUACAACUUCUGUCGUCGCAUUGAAUUCGCCUAUCGUGUGGGUGACCUUUUCGGAAAUUUCAUCUUUCCCGGAGUGACGAUGCAGGCCGUGAGGAACAUCGCUCGCAGAUCUCUGGCUCAAGUUCAAGUCAGGCAGGCAGCAAAUGCCGCCGCUAACCCCAAUGAUCGCCGCAUGAAGUAUCCUUACACAUUGGCCGCGAUGAUGGCUCAGUUUCCCAUGAGACACUACUACAAGCAUGCAUGGUUCGUCCGAAUGAUGGUUCCAUCUAUUGCCCUUACGGUACUGCUAUUCUGGAAAAUCAACCAGCUAGUUAAUUCACCUGGGAACAUCGCUGCCUGCGAAGAGCGGAAGAGAAAAGAGCAGGCCAAGAAACACAAUCAUUGAAGCGAUAGGACAAAGGAGUCGGCAAUGAAGUCGGGUUAACCGUAUGAAUUCACUCUGUAGGAUGUCAAUAAAAUUUAUGAGUCUUAA